GGGUCGAUAAAGUUAUGACACAAAACUAGAUCGAAAAAUGAAUGGAAAGGAAAAUGUGGACUUCUCUUCGUGGCAACGUAACUCGAUAAGCACAAGAAACUAGCCCUUGUUAUUCUUGCUUUUUUUAACAAAUAUGGCGCCAGGCAUUUUUCUAAGGCAAAGCGGGAUUGCGGCUUUCAUCCAUAGCUUGUUGGUGCAAUAGGACAUGCAAAAACCGCAGUAAAUUGCCAUUGGAAGGGAGCCCUACUUCGGCACCGCAGGAGCCACCACCAGCCGAUCCAUUUCCGCACGGCAUUUUAUGUGGUGCGAUUUUGGCAUGCAGCUUCUGACUCUGUGGAUUACUACUCUUUUGGCGCGUGAAUUCGCGGGGGCCGCGUUCAGGGCUAGAUUGAUGGCUGCGCGACGGUUGUGA